GGCGUAGGAUACUCCCUAACGCGGGCAGCAAGGAGAAAGUAAACUACGGCUGUUCCUAUCUUUCCACCGAUCGACAAACAGCAGAAAGCACCUAAGAAGAUGGAGCUUAGACCGGGAUUGUCAGCUCUGGUCACCGGCGGUGCCUCUGGGAUCGGUAAAGCUCUGAGUUUAGCUCUUGCAGCAAAAGGAAUAUUUGUGAGUAUUGUUGAUUUCUCUGAAGAAAAAGGAAAGGAAGUUGCAGCACUUGUAGAACAGGAGAAUGCUAAGUUCCACGAGAAGUUGGAAUUCCCAGCUGCUAUAUUUAUAAGAUGUGAUGUCACUAACACAGGAGAUAUAACUGCUGCAUUUGAGAAGCAUGUAACAACAUAUGGAGGACUGGAUAUCUGCAUUAAUAGUGCUGGCAUUGGUAAUCGAAUACCUUUUGAGAAUGAUCAAACUGAUGGCAGUAAUUCAUGGAGACGUGUUAUUAAUGUGAACCUGAUUGCAGUUAUUGAUUGCACACGGCUUGCGAUCAGAACUAUGCAAGCCAUGCAAAAGCCUGGUGUGAUAAUUAAUUUGGGGUCUUCUGCCGGACUUUAUCCUUCAACUAAGGACCCUAUAUACAGUAGCUCCAAAGCUGGUGUUGUGUUGUUUACUAGAUCACUAGCUCCAUACAAACGUCAAGGAAUACGUGUCAAUGUGCUUUGCCCAGAGUUUGUCCAAACAGAGAUGACUGUAGGAAUAAGUGCCAACUUUAUAUCUCUAAUGGGAGGCUUUCUGCCUAUGGAUUUGGUGGUUAAAGGUGCAUUUGAGCUUAUUACGGAUGAAACUAGAGCUGGUUCAUGCUUAUGGAUCACAAAUCGCAGAGGCUUGGAGUAUUGGCCCACUCCAAUGGAAGAAGCAAAAUACUUGUUGCGUUUUUCCUCAAGUUCCAGGAAAAAUGUGUCAUUUAAAGCUCCUUUGAAUCUUCAACUUCCUCAAAGUUAUGAGAAAAUAGUCGUGCAUACCCUGAGUCAUCAUUUCCGUAAUGCAACACAGAUAGUUCGUGUGCCAUUGAGACUACCCAUCGAACCAAACCAUGUUCUUGUGAAAAUAAUUUAUGCCGGUGUAAAUGCUAGUGAUGUGAACUUCAGCUCAGGUCGUUAUUUCAGUGGCAAAAAUGGAGACCUCAGUUCCCUUCUUCCAUUUGAUGCUGGAUUUGAGGCAGUUGGAAUAAUUGCAGCAGUUGGAGAUUCUGUAAGGGGCUUGACAGUUGGUACUCCUGCUGCAGUCAUGACUUAUGGAAGUUAUGCUGAAUUCAUAAUGGUUCCAUCAAAACAUAUCCUUCCUGUUGGGAGACCAGACCCAGAAGUGGUUGCAAUGCUUACUUCAGGGUUAACAGCAUCAAUUGCUUUGGAAAAGGUAGGACAAAUGGAAUCAGGAAAAGUAGUACUUGUUACUGCUGCUGCAGGAGGUACUGGACAGUUUGCAGUCCAGCUUGCAAAAUUAGCAGGGAGCAAAGUUGUUGCAACUUGUGGCGGUAAAAAAAAGGCUAUGCUUUUAAAAGAGCUUGGAGUUGAUCGAGUCAUAGACUACAAAGUUGAAGAUGUCAAAAAUAUUCUUAAGAAGGAGUUGCCAAAAGGAGUUGACAUCAUUUAUGAAUCUGUUGGUGGAGACAUGUUUGAUUUGUGCUUGAAUGCUUUGGCUAUCCAUGGACGACUCAUUGUUAUCGGAAUGAUUUCUCAGUAUCAAGGACAGCAUGGAUGGAAGCCAUCAAAUUAUACCGGAUUAUGUGAGAAGCUUUUGGCCAAAAGCCAAACUGUGGGCGGUUUUUUCCUGAUACAAUACAGUCAUUUAUGGAAAGAACAUCUGGACAGACUAUUUCAUCUCUACUCUUUGGGAAAGCUCAAGGUCAAAAUAGACCCAAAAAGAUUCUUGGGCCUCAAUGCCAUUGCAGAUGCUGUUGAGUACCUCCAUUCGGGUAAAAGUGCUGGCAAGGUUGUGGUUUGCAUUGAUCCAACUUUUGCGCAACAAAUUGCAAAAUUGUGAUGCAAAUGGUUGACAAUCACCUCCCCUGAUGUGAGUCUGUCAAUAUUCAAAUAACAUAUGAACAAGAAAAACUUUCUUAGUAUAUUUCAUAAGCCAUAAUAUGUCGGUUGGAAUAAGAAGUCGAUGCUGGAGAAACACAUAAAGUGGAGAAAAUGUGCUGAGAGUUGUAUAAACACUGAAUUCUGCUUGAAGUUGAUUAUAGGUAAGGAAAACAUAGAAGAGUAGAAAACAUAAUCUUCUUGAAUUAAUUCCUUCUCUGAGUCUGUAUUUUGUAUGUGAAACCUCAAAUGAUCUUUGCUGCCCCUAUUUCUGUGGACACUAGAAGUUUCAGAUGUUCUUUAAGAGUUUGAGGGACAAAUAAGCUGGCUGUUGUGUUAAAAUACCUGUUAUAUCAGACUGUUAGCAUUGCAUUUGGAAUUGCACAACAACCAUUUGCACAUUUUAACUACUUUUGUGCAAAAAUAAAUGCAAAUUUAGGUGAGAAGAAAUAUCAAACGCAAAA